GUUUCUCCAGCUGCGAGUGUUGUCGGAGCAGGAGCGGAGCUUGGAAUGCCGAUAAUGGCGAUCAGAUCUCGUGGAAACCCUAGAUCCCUGCCUCUCCGAUCACAAGCUCAGGGCCAUCAACACCCUCUUCAGCGAGCACAUAUCAAGUGGAUUGGCGGUUGUUCCAGCAUUAGAUCCUUGUCUGGGGGCGUUGGAUUCGUUGCUAUGCUGUUGAAUCUUGGUACCUACUGCCAAAUGGAUGAAGUGUAUCAGAUUCGUUGCAGACACUUCGUGAAUCUUAGCUCAUCUAUGAACACUCAUCCAAAUGGAUGCAGAACAAUGGAAUUGAUCAAUGAAGUGCCACCAAUCAAUGUUGAUGGCCGCAUUGCAGCAUGCUAAGCGGGUAAGUAUGUUAGUCAGCACCUGUUUCUCAUUUCAUCACAUUAGAAAUGGAAACUUUUGAAUACAUAUUUACAAAGCAUUUUAAAAAUUGAUUAAAAAAAUGAUUUUAUGUGAAUUCUAUUCACUUAAAUAUCCCCUUCACAAGCUGUAAUGUAAAAUUAAAUGUCUUAACACAUUUCACUUGAAUGUCAUGGUUGUUAGAAUUCAAUAACCUGUGAAAACAUGUGUAUGUAAAGGUAGUUUUGCUCUUUCAGCAUUCUUGACUUUCUUCACUAUUACUAUAUCAUUGCCUUCAGGAGUUUGGAACCUCGCUUAGUCGCAUGAUUAUUAAAUAAAAUGACAUCUCGGUGCUGAAUUUGCUUUUGUUCGUCGCACUGUAUAUACUUAGGCUGAGGUUACUGUGAAAGAAAAACAAAGUACUCUAGAACCAUCCUUUGAAGUUGGUCAUUGGAAACAUCUUGAAAUAUGCCAUGGAAGGUGGAAACACUUUGGAAAUGGUCUUCUUGUUAAUUUGAAAAGCAUGUCAUAGCGCUUCCUCGUCGAUGUCAUCGUUCUCGCUCUGGCAACUUGUUUUCUUUUUACCAAAGCACAAUGUUUUGUUGGCAUCUUAUGAGACGGGCACGCAUCUUAGAAUGAAUUGUUUGCGUCUUUGUUGCGCUUUCAUAAUUGCAAGACAAGCAAUUUUUGCUCAAAUGAACUCUAGAAGCAUCAUCAUCAAUCACAGGAGCUAUCUAUAGUCACACCUAAAACUGCCAAUUGCUUAUGUCUUUGGUUGUCUACAGAGGAGCAUUUUCAGAAGCAACGAAUUGAAACUUCAAUUGGAUCACUAGAAGAGUAUUUGAGUCUAUCUUUAUUGAUUGACUAAUUAUGCCGUGAGAAGAAAUUUUUACAAAUUUCCUCGAAGCUGACUUCUUCCCAAGUAGAAUACAUUUUGCACUGGCUUCGAUCUUUACUGAAUCUCUAGCGUGAUAUUUAUUUUGUUUGCAGCAAGGAGGAGUUUCGACUCAGUGAAUUGUACAAUCGAAUAAAAUAUAUUAAAAGGAAACCCAUGUCGAAAUAAAAACUUUCGUCCUUAUAUAUAUUAUAUAUGUAAUGUAACCCUUUCUUUGAA